GUGGUGCGGUUUCGAAUGUGGCGGGUAUUCAUCAUACAACGCAAGAUAUUUGACAGAUGCCUGAAACUCGCUUACGACAUUUUCAAGAUAAGCUUGUAUAUACAAGUUCCGAACAAAAAAUUUCGGAUCGUCAGUCUACCGAGCAAAAUCACCCGCUCGGUGGAAGUGGAAGAUCUUUCCUUUCGUCGUUAUACCUACAACUGUUGCAGAAAGCGUUCUUUAGAUAUCUCAUUAGAUAAAGAGUCAUUACCACUAAUUAUUUCAUUAAAUUAAAGACGUUGCACAAAACAUAAAUGGUUCCAUUAUGAAGCCCUUUAGCUAAGGAAUAUUUAAUGGCACCCUUAAAAAGUAUUGCCAGCAUUUAAAUAAAAAUUGAAUGAAAUGAGUGAAUGUUUUACGUUUUGUUCACACAAAUUUCAUCAAAGUCGUUUUGUUCCUGUAAAAUUAAUGAGAAUAAAACGCAAACGUCAAGUGCUGUCUGUCAUGUCAAAUGAUUUGAUUGAUCGCAUCGCUUACAUUAAGUUCGUGGUGAUUUCUUUCGCUGCAUAUUUUGAUUUAAUAUUUUAAUAAUUUAAACAAAAUGUCGCAAAAACAAGUUAGAAAACGUGGAGCAAAUUACACUCAAGAGGAAAAAACAUUGCUGCUGGAUCUCAUCAUGCAGUAAGUACCUACCUAUGGUUUACACUUAGCUUGUUGUGCUGGUAAAUAAAUAAUCUGUCUAGAAGAUGAUAAAUUUUCGGAGAUACAAGUAGGUAUUUAAAUCUAGCCAGUUAUAAUAAAUUGUAGGGCAAACAUGGUGAAGUCCCUUGACUGUAACAUCAAAUUAAGAUUUUACCAAAAUUACAACAUGGCAAUUCUGUAAUUUUAAACAUUAUAUAUUGUAAAGUUUAGCUGUAUAACUUGUUAUUUUUGCAGAUAUAAAGAUAUUGUGGAAAGUAAACGAACAGGUGGCAUUAUUAUCCAAAAGAAAAAGGAGGUUUGGAUAACUAUAACCUCAAAAUAUAAUAGCAGCUGCAGUAGUGGUCCCAGGGAUGUUGACCAGCUGAAAGCUUUAUAUGACAAUAUGAAGCAAAAAUCUCGCAAAGAAAUUAGUGAAAAAAAUAAAGAAGCAUAUAUUCAGGCAAUGGAAAUGGAAGUUGUGACUGAGGCAGACGUUACACGAGCUUUAAUAAACAUUAAAGAAGACAAGAUCGAAAUGAAAAAGACUGGUGGUGGCUUCUGGAAACCAAAAUCUACGGAAACAGAUGCAAAAGUUCUUUCAAUAAUAAAAGAACAGACGGAACCACUUCACAAUCCAUAUGAUAGUGCAGCAGAUUUUUUUAAUGAUGUAGUUGAAAUAACUUGUACUGACGAAGGCAACAAGUUAAUUGACAACGAUUUAAUAAAUUCAUCUCCGUACACACCUUGUGUAGCACUAAAAGAAAUAAGUAUGACUACAGGUCUCGAAGAAGUAACCCCCAAAAGAGUAGCAUCGGAAAGUGAGGGAAAAGUUGUAAAGAAAAGAGAAUUUUCAAUGGGAUCUGGCAGUAUAAAGAAAAUAAAUGAACCAGCACAUAUCAAAAUGCUACAAAAAAAGAAAGUGACUCCAAGAAAAUUAAUAAAAAAAUCAUCUGCAGAGCAGUUAAAGAACACAUAUUUCAAAAAAAAAAGUCAGAAUGCUGAUUUGGAAAGAAAAAAGCUGAUGAUUGAGAUAUUAUACAUCAAAAAAGAGCAUGAACUUCGGAUGCAGAUUCUAAAAGCAAAACAGUGGAGACUAGAAAAACAUUAGUCUCCACUGAUUUGCUUUUUUUAAAUCUUCAUGUUCAUAUGAAUUCAUUUUUAACAUUUUUCAUACUAUUGUUAGCCACAGGAAUAAAAACAUAUUUCGCACAUAUGUAUUUCAUUUAUUUCUUAAGUUAUUAUCUUUACACAAACAAGUAUUAAUUAAUUAUAGUUUAACAAAACACACUAUUUACUAGUGCAGCACGAACAGCACUGUUUGUGGACUGAGAACUUAUAGACAAUAUUCCAAUAUUAGGACUGUCUACUGAAAUUUCAAUGUCUUCUGGAGGAUCAACUUCAUUUAGCUCUAUGCAUAUGUUAUGUAGCACUACACAUGCCACAAUCACCUGAAGAAUGGUUGAAGUUUUUUUUAAAGUUAUUCCUUUUUCCAAGCAUGGGCAGCGACGUUUAAGUACCCCGAAGCACCUCUCCACAGUAUUUCUAGUAGAAAUGUGGCUUUUAUUAUAAGCUUCCUCUGCAGAAUUUUGAGGAUUCAAAAAAGGGGUCAGCAAAUAGUUCUUAUUGAAGUAUUCCGGGUCAGACAACGACGAUAGGCUUGAGAGCGACAUUUUAAUUAGCAAGAAUAGGUUUUAUCACUGAAACACUAUUAAUGACGAUUUUAACGAGAGCGUUUGCAGUCAUUAAAAAUUACAACCUCAAACUGUCAAAAUAAUGGUCCUUUAGCGCCAAUUUGACGUUAAUGACGUUUUGUGCAACGUAAAUUAUAGCUAAUGUGCAAGAUUGACACUUCAUAAGUUAAAUUUAAAGAGGCAUUAAAAUCUUUGCUAAUGUUUGUUUGUGCAACAAGUUAAUGAUUCAAUUGCAUUUAAAGAAGGCAUUAAAAUUUAAAGUCUGUUUCUGCAACUGAGUGUCAAUGUUUACUUACGUGCGAAGAAAAGAUAUUAUUAUGCAUAUGUAGCUUCAGAUGACCAUAAUUUUUCUUGGUCAUUACAACCUAGUAUUAAAUUUCAGAUUUUGUAUUAUAAUUAACAAAAUACGAAAGUCGUUUGAUGAUUAAUUUAUAAAUAUUUUUAGAUUUAAUAAAAUUAAAGGUAAAA